CAUGAGGAUCCCUACAGAAAUCUUCCUGAAGAAAUCGAGCGAAGGGAAGGUGUUGAACCUGGAAGUUUUGGGGGGAACAAUGGGGGUGGCUUUGAAUGAAUAACAUACUGGGGUUCAACCAGGUCACGAAGGGAAUGAUCUCUGAUGGAUUAUUGAAAGAUCAAAAGAGACUAUCAAAGCGCAAACCUGGACUAGGUUUUUAAAAAAGAACCAUCCAGCAGUUCUUCAAGGAUCUAUCUGGACAUUUUCUUUAAAGGACACAUCCGUUUGAACAAUGGCUUUGCUGAAGGUCAAAUUCGAUCUAAAAAAGCGGGUAAAGCUCGCCCAGAGCGUGUGGUUCCUGUUCUGGUUCGCCGUCAUGGCCGGCGUGCUGGUCUUCAGCAUGGGCCUCUUCUUCAAGAUUGAACUGCGGAAACGCUCAGAAUUGAUGGACAACAACGAGAGCCACUUCUUGCCCAACUUACUCAUCUUUAUGGGCCUGAUAGCGUGCGGCAUCAACGCCUUAGGCGGCAAGAUCUGCUACGACUCGUUGGACCCCACCAAAUUCGUCAAGUGGAAGCCCAUGCUCAAGAAUUUCCUUAUAGGCUGCGUGGUCUUCAACAUCUUGCUGGUGGUCACGGCGCUGCUGUGCUUUAUCAUGCGCAUCCCGUUGCAAUUCACACUAGCUGAGGGCCUGCGCAAUGGGAUGCGCUACUACAAGGACACGGACACGCCAGGACGCUGCUACAUGAAGCGGACGCUGGACUUGAUGCAAAUGGAGUUCCGAUGCUGCGGCAACGACAACUACCGGGACUGGUUCGAGAUCCAGUGGGUCAGCAACCGCUACCUGGAUUUCAGCGCUAAAGAGGUCAAAGACCGCAUCGGAAGCAACGUGGACGGCCAGUACCUGAUGGACGGCGUGCCCUUCAGCUGCUGUAACCCAAGUUCGCCGCGGCCGUGCAUCCAGCAUCAGAUGACCAACAACUCGGCUCACUACAGCUACGACCACUACACCGAGGACCUCAACGUGUGGAAGAGCGGUUGCCGCGACGCUCUUCUCUCCUACUAUGGAGGCAUGAUGACCACCAUCGCCCUCCUGGUGCUGCUGGUCACCAUGCUAGAGGUGGCAGUGACGGCAGGCUUGCAGUAUGUCGACAGCUCACUGUCAACUCUCGCCAACCCCGAGGACCCAGAGAGCGAGAGUGAGGGUUGGCUCCUGGAGAAGACGGUCAAGGAGACAUUCACCGACAUUAUGGCCAAAAUGAAGGCCAUGGGCAAAGGUGGCAAAGUGGAGGAGGGAGGCGAAGAGGGUGGCGUGGCCACUGUGAGCUGAGCCGGCUAUCAAUUCACAGCACGCCCUGCCAAAACUGACACCGCUACCACCCCGAAAGGAAUUAAUGAUGUUUUUUUUUUUUAUUGGCUCCUUGCAGGAAAUCUACUGUACAUAGUGAAUACCGAGGCGUAGUUAACCAUCUGCAAUUUAGAUCAAAUCAAAACACUUUGGAUGGGGAUGGUGGUUACCGUGCAACCCCCCUGUCGCAGCAACUCGAGAUAUUCAAGGGCCAUUUGAAGAGAAAGGCUAUAUAUUUUUGUUAAUCGGAAUACAACACCGUCAAUGAAUUUGGCAGCUAAAUAUUUACCCUCCCAAAAAACAGCCCCUAACAUCCUCAACAUACUGUCAUUCAGUCUCUGUAUAUUUAACAACAGGGUGGCGUGGCGGUCUUUGUACAUAGUGUAGAAAAUGUGAAGAUUUAACCUUUUUUAAAAAAAUAAAUAUCACAUCAUUUGUUAAUAUAUAAAUAUACAAAUGUAAACAUAUAAAUUUCAAUGUAAAUGUGUAUAUGGGCUGUGUGUUUAGAAAACAGGAAAAACGAAUAAAAUGACUGUAGAGUUUGUGUGAGAAAAUGCGGUGGUCUUGUCGUCUUUUGACUUUGAGCCUUCGCGUCAAGGAGGCCCGAGACACAGCGAGGGCCACAAGGCUCCCGAUUAAGUCGACAACCGGAUCAAGGCAAUUAUGCUCUUUACUGCUUUCACAUGCACGGACAUGGGAUGACUCUUCACAUGCUCUGACUGAACAAGUAUGUGUGUGUAAAAACAAGAGUGGUUUGUGCGACCGUGUACGACCUUUAAAUUUCGUAUUUUUACGUGGAUGUGAAGUUCAUGAAAUAACGAGUUACAGCACCUGUUUUUCACAUGGAUUAAAGAUUAAGGUUGAAUUUUAUCUUAACGACGCAGAACCUGAAUGCAAUACAGUUGAAAUACGUGUUUUUAUGCCCUUUUCACCUAAAAAAUUCAUGUUACGCACAUAUACAGUAUGUAUAAAAAUUCUGACAUUUGGAGAUGAAUGUUUUUUAUAUGGACAUAUGUUACAUCUACAGGAAAAGUGAAGAAAAUGUGUGUAAAUGCCUAAUGUGUGUUUGCCGUGUAACCAAAGAAAUUAUUAAUUGUGGGGAAAAAAACCUCACAAUAAUGGAGAAUUCAUGUUUUUAAUCGGGUAGAGACCAAUGUUUUUAAACAAAUUUUGCUCCACGAUGGCUUCCAUACUUAUUACAAAAUGUUUGGAGUAAAUUAGUUUGGAUUUUGUAGCUGUUUACAUUCUACAUUCAUCGCCGUUCCCUGAUGCAGUAAAGGUGAAAGAGGCUGACUCUUCUUUGCACGGUAUUUCGGUUGGCUCCAAAUCACAUAAAAGCAGCACUGAGUAGAUAAGGAGCCUAAUCGGAUUUGAGAUUAGCCUGAGCCCCCCUCAACCAGGUGAGCGGCUGAUGUCCUGCCGCCAGCACGUAUACGUCACGUACAUGCAAGUGUCAAUGGGGGCUGGGCAUGGAGAGGCAAGAAAAAACAAAACGGA